AUGCGGUUACCCUUUCGAAGGCGCUCUGCGGCGCCCCGUGACUAUUCCCGGGCCCGCCCUAAACUUCUCGCCAUAGCAGCCCUCGCUGCCUCGUCCCUCGUGUCGGCGAACGAUUUCACAGCCAUCCCCGAAGUCGACCUCGAUCUCUCGCGGCUGGGAAGGAUAGGACUGGCGGGAGAUUUCACCGGAAUUUCGUUCUAUGAAUUCGAAGGACAAAGCGAGAGGCCCGUGAGGAGGAAUGGGAGCGAGUCGCUGCUGGCCGUGCUGCCCAAUGGCGCCUUCGCGUCCAUCGCGUCGACCGACGCUUCCAUUCACGAUAUGUGCGUGUCUACGUUCGAAUCGGGCGACGUCGCUGGUGUGGUAAUAGCGGGUAAUUUCACAAGCGUCGACGGCACGCCUUCGCAAGGCGUCGUCAUGUACAACACUACUUCCGACGAAUUCGUGCCCCUUGACGGGCUGUCGGGUCAGGUUAACGCCCUGCUAUGCGAUUCAGAUUCGAACCGGGUUUAUGUCGGCGGCAGCUUCCGGCACGCCAAUUCGACCAAUGCCAUGUCGUGGGUCCACGGAGAAGGAUGGACUCCCCUCCCGUUCGCCGGCUUCAAUGGCCCCGUGUCCUCCAUCACGAAAGCGUCGAAUGGUCACAUCAUCUUCGGAGGACGCUUCACUGGUUUGGGAAACACGACUACCCCGGAUAGUCCCGACGGCCAGGCCAUCAAUCUGGUUAGUGCGAAUAUCACAUCCGGAUCAAGUUCCACCAGGGGCGGCUUCUCCGAUCCCCGCAACAUCCUCUGCAAGACAGAUGGCCAGGACGGUCCCGGCGACACCUGGCUCCUGCAAGACAACUCGCCAGGCUUCUGGCAGGCCUCGUUCGGGUUUGGCUUCCGGCCGAGUAAGGUCAGGCUGCACAACACGCACCUGAACGGACGGGGAACCCGAACGUGGCGGUUCACCGCGCUCCCCAUCAACGGAAUCCUCAACAUGACCUACGUCGACCCGACUACCGGUCGGAAUGUCUCGUGCACCAGCGAGUGUCCCCUGAGCGACAGUCCUGAUGUGGUUUUCCAAGACUUCCAUUUCGUCAACACCGUCGGCAUGAACGCAUUCCGGAUCGACAUAUCCGACUUCUACGGCGAGGGGGCCGGUCUGAACGGGAUCCAAGUGUUUACUGACGAUAUCUCUACUUAUGCCAUCGACGACUUCAACGAACCGACUUGCAGCGGCCUGAGCAUCAGCAACCCUUCCACCGCUACGGCGACUGGCCCCUGGACACAGUCUCCUUCGCUGGAGAGCAAUUCCGGGUACCUGACCGCUCGGCUUUCCGGUGACAUCUCGGAAGAUUCGGCUUCCGUCGUCUUCUUUCCUAACAUUCAACAAUCGGGCAACUACUCCGUUGAAAUGUACACCCCCGGGUGCAUCCAGGACGGUACAUGUGCGACGCGGGCCCAGGUCAAUGUGACCGGUGACAUGUCUCUUUCCCCUGACGGCCGUUUUACCACCUCGCUCUAUCAGACGAACAACUUCGAUAAGUACGACCAGAUCUAUUUCGGCUUUAUCGAAGCAAGCACCGAGGGCUUCCGUCCGAGCAUUACCCUCACUCCUCUUGGAGGUCAGUCGUUGGAAAACAUGACCAUUGUGGCGCAGCGGGUCGGAUUUUCUCUCGUCAACUCCACCGGCGGCCUUAACGGACUAUUUGACUACGAUCCCACCGUCGACACCGUCGACAGGAACAAUUUUUCGAGCUCAGCUAUUCACCGACUGGGUGCUGGUUUCUCUGCCGGAUCUGCCGUCACUAGUCUCGAGACGAUGGGCGACUUGGUGGUUGUCGGUGGAAAUUUCUCCUCGAAUGGUGCUCGCAAUGUCAUUGCCAUCGAUACGACCGACCAGUCUCCCCAGACACUCAGUGGUGGGCUGAACGGCGAAGUUAGGUCCAUGCACCUGGAGGGCUCGCGUCUCUUCGUUGGUGGCGGCUUCUCGAACACUCUGGAUGGACAGGCUUCUGGUCUCAGUCGUGUUGCUGUCUACGACCGCGAGGACGGCACCUGGUCUGCUCUCGGGGCCGGCGUUGACGGAAAUGUCUGGCAUGUGGUACCGAUGCGGAUGAACAUCACGGACGAUGAGCCUGAAACCGUGAUUGCCAUAACCGGCGACUUUGAUCAGAUCAACGAUUUUGGGGACAAUGCUGCUGUUCCCGUGUCCGGGUUUGCGAUCUGGGUUCCUUCCCAGAGAAACUGGCUGCAGAAUCUCGACGGCACAGCUCCUGUUUACAGUGGCGUCUUGACAGCCUCCCUCCUUGACAUCCCAGACAGCGGUCCGCUCUUCGCGGGUUCGAUGAGCUCGGCAUCCAUUGGUGCAAAUGGUGCUGUGACCUUGACCGAGGAUGGUAAUGCACUCGGCCAAUUCCCCAUCAAGAUCCAGCCGUCAACUACCAGGUCAUCAACUGUCGCCCGCCGCGAUAUCCUGUCUGAAGGCGACGUCAAUGGCGUCGUGACGGGGGCGUUCUACGAAGAGGACGACCAUGAUGUGACGAUUCUUGCCGGGCAUUUCACUGCUGAGGACGGCAACGGUUCCCCAGUUCACAACCUCGUCUUCAUCAAUGGAUCGGCGGAAAACGCCGUGCGCGGGGUUGGAGACGGCAUUUCGGAAAACUCGACCUUUGUUGCGCUUGCCAUCGUCGACGAUAUUCUCUUCGCGGGAGGUGAUGUCGCUGGCACGGUGAAUGAUGGCCCUGUUCGCGGGCUUCUGACCUUCGAUCUUGCCAGCGGAACGCUCAACUCGCAACCGCCGGCAAUCGACGGCGGCAAUGCGACGGUCUCGGCCAUCCAGGUGCGCCCUGAUUCGGGCGAAGUCUACGUCGGCGGAGCUUUCGAAUCGGCCGGCUCGCUCGACUGCCCCGGUGUGUGCUACUACAACACGGAGCUUUUGCAGUGGAACCGUCCCGGUUUUGGUCUUCGGGGAAGCGUCAGCGCACUACUGUGGACGAGCGACAGUCUCCUUGUUGCCGGUGGGGACAUGACCAUCAACGGCUCGUCGGCAUCGCUCGCGCAGUACACGGCUGAUGACCAGACUUGGUCUCCAUUUGCUGGCCAGGAUGAUCUGCCAGGCCCCGUCGAGGUCAUCACCCGAGGCUCUAGAAACGGAGAUCAGCUUUGGGUCUCUGGCAGAGCGGCCAAUGGAUCGGUGUACGUCAUGAAACACGAUGGUUCGGAUUGGCACGUUGCUGGGCAGACUCUGUCCUUGGACACGGUCAUUCGCGGUUUGCAGGUCCUUACAGUGACGUCUUCUCAUGACGACACCGACGUUCUGAGCUCAAACCAAGUCCUGAUGUUGACGGGCUCCAUCGGGAUCCCGGACUUUGGCACCUCAUCAGCCGCCCUCUUCGACGGGACUACCUUCCGACCCUACAUCCUGACGACGAACAGUGGAAACAACGCUGGAACAAUCAGUCAGCUCUUCUCUCAGCAUCAAGACUUUUUCACUAAUAGAGGUAUCAACAUGGCUCUCGUGUUUGUUGUCUUAAUAGGCCUAGCCAUCGCUCUUGGCCUCAUGUUCCUUCUCGUCGUCGCAGGCGUCGUAUUGGACCGCCUUCGUAAGAAGCGCGAGGGAUACGUACCAGCGCCGACGUCGAUGUACGACCGGGGGAGCGGCAUCAGCAGAAUACCACCGGCCGAGCUCUUCCAAUCCUUGGGUAAGCGCGAGCCCGGCGCACCGCGUAUCUGA